AGAGCCUCGGCCUGAGGAGCUCCAAAAAGGAAACUGUGGCACUGCGGAGGGAAGGAGGGAAGAGAGUAGGUCUCCGAGAUGCUGCGGCUUGUUGUGCAGUCGGCCAAGAUUGACCCACCGCUAGCUCCACUACCCAGGCCCUGCGUGUCCAUCGACUUCAGAGAUGUCAAGAAAAGAACUCGUGUGGUGGAAGGGAAUGAUCCCGUGUGGAAUGAGACCCUAAUCUGGCACCUCUGGAACCGCCCCCUGGAAAAUGACUCCUUCCUGCAAGUCACCCUUCAGGACACGGGCUCACAAAAGGAAGAAAGCUUCAUUGGCCUGGCCACAGUCCUGCUCAAGCCAUUGUGGAAACAACCAAGCAAGGUCCUUUUUGUGAAGGAUCUGACCCUGCUCAACCAUUCCAUGAAGCCCACAGAUUGUACUGUCACCCUACAGGUGGCCCACAUGAGCCACCGGGAUAUUGAGAAGACAGGAGCUGAAGACCUCCUGGGCAUAACGGCAAGAGAGGCGGCCAGGCAGAAACUGCUGGUCCCUGGCUCCACCGCGCACAGGGCUCUGUCCUCAAAGCCUCAGCACUUUCAGGUUCGAGUGAAGGUGUUUGAAGCCCGACAGCUCAUGGGCAACAACAUCAAACCAGUGGUGAAGGUGUCCAUCGCAGGCCAGCAGCACCAGACACGCAUCAAGAUGGGGAACAACCCUUUCUUUAACGAGAUCUUCUUCCAGAAUUUUCACGAGGUUCCUGCAAAGUUCUUUGAUGAGACCAUCUUAAUUCAGGUGUUGAACUCCUCAGUAAUCGAGAUCACACAGCAGAGAUCGGAGAUUUCAAGUGAGUACACAGAUAUUGGGUUUAUCUACCAUUCUCCGGGUCACACACUCCUAAGGAAAUGGCUAGGCCUCUGCCAACCAAAUAACCCCGGCAGUGGUGUGACAGGCUACCUGAAAGUCACCAUCUGUGCCCUCGGUGUGGGAGACCAGGCCCUGAUAGAUCAAAAGCAGCUGUAUGGGGCCGAUGACACCGAUAUUCAGAUCUUCAAGUCAGCGGUAGUCCCGAUCAACAUGGCUUACUUACAGUUCUUCAUCUACUGCGCAGAGGACCUUCACCUCAAGAACCAGCAGUCAGUGAAUCCUCAGUUGGAGGUGGAACUAAUUGGGGAAAAGCUCAGGACGCACAUGCAGACGCAAACCGACAACCCGAUAUGGAACCAGAUCCUGACCUUCCAGAUUCAGCUACCCUGCCUCUCCAGCUACAUCAAGUUCAGAGUCUUGGACUGCCACAGGAAGGACUGCUCGGAUGAGAUUGGGAGUGCCAGCCUGUCCCUCAACCAGAUCUCGUCCACCGGAGAAGAGAUCGAAGGCGCGUACUCUGGCUUCCUGCCCUGCUUUGGCCCCAGCUUCCUGACUCUGCACGGGGGUAAAAAGGCCCCUUUCAGGAUCCAGGAAGAAGGCGCUAAGCACCAGAACCGCCAAAAGUAUGGGCUGUGCGUCAUCUUCCUCUCCUGCACCAUGAUGCCCAACUUUGAAGACCUGAUCCAUUUCGAGGUCAGCAUCGGUCACUAUGGGAACAAGAUGGACCUGAAUUACAAGCCUCUAGUCUCAAGCACACAGUACAGCCCAGUGAUAUAUGAUGGGAACAUCUACCAUUAUGUGCCCUGGUACAACAUCAAGCCUGUCGUGGCCGUGACCUCCAACUGGGAGGACGUCAGCUUCCGCAUGAACUGCCUCAACCUCCUCCACUUCACUCGGGACCGCCUGAAAGCCAACCUGGACACCCUGAAAUCCACGCGGAAUCCGAAGGACCCAGCUCUCCUCUGCCAGUGGGAGAAACUGCUGAGGGAGCUGGUGGAGGACUGCAAGCGCCCUCUGCCCUGCAUGACCGACCAGCCCAAAGCCACCAACCUGGACAGGAAGAGGUGGCAGCUCCGCAGCCUCCUCCUGCAGGAACUGGCCCAAAAGGCCAAGCAAGCCAUGCCCAGGGACAUGGUGGCCACAGCGGAGGACUGGCUGUACCGCCUCAACGCUGUGCUCCCUGAGCCCCAGAUGGGCCUUCCUGACGUGAUGAUUUGGCUGGUGGCCAAGGAGCAGCGAGUGGCCUACGCACAGGUGCCUGCCCACUCCGUCCUCUUCUCCCGGGCAGGGGCCCUGCACUCCGGCAGGCUCUGUGGGAAGAUACAGACACUCCUCCUCCAGUACCCAGAGGGUGAAGGACAGAAGGAUGUGCUCCCAGCUCACCUCCGGGUCUGCAUGUGGCUUGGCAAUGUCACAGACAGCAAGGACCUGCAGCUUCUCUGCCAGGGUGACAUGGCGGUGUACGCCGAGACGUAUGAGAAUCAGGCCAAGUAUAAAGACCAGUGGGGGCAGCAGGGGCUGUAUCGCUGCCCCAACUUCUCAGAUGUCAUGGGGAACAAGACCCUCCCCAUGACGGAUUUCCAGCCACCCCUGGGAUGGCACUGGCAGGACAGCUGGACAGUGGAACCUCAGAGGAGACUCCUCCUGGACAUAGACAUCAACAAGAGCCAGGUGCUGGAGGAGGUAUAUGAGAACCAGGGCCGCGACAUCAGAGGCGCCUGGGGGCCUGCCGCCAUCCCAAACACAGACGUGAACGGACAGCCCACGGAGGCCCGGGAGAACGUGAAGUGCCCCCAAGGCUGGCACUUUAAGAAGGACUGGGUGGUGGAGCUGAACCACGCAGUGGACAGUAAGGGCUGGGAGUAUGGCGUGGGCAUCCCCCCCUCGGGCCUGCCCCAGGUCUGGAGCCCGGUGGAGAAGACCUACCACUCGUGCCGCCGGCGGCGCUGGGCGCGCGUGCGCUUCCGGAACCGCGGGGAGCUGAGCCGCGAGCAGGAGACCGUCUCCUUCCUGCAGCUGGGCCCGGCCGACGGCGAGGAGGACGGCUGGGAGUACGACGCCUUCGGCUCCAAGUUCCACCUCCACCCUCAGCCCCGGAGCCGCUUCCGCCGCCGCUGCUGGCGCCGCAGGCUGGUGCCCGACAAGGACAAGGGCGUCGCGCCCGUCUUCCUCCUGGAGGGCUCCUUGGCCAUGGAUCUGAAACACCGAGCUGGGAAGGAAGAGGAGAGCAAGCCAUGGCCGUGGGGUCUGGACAGACAGUUCAGGGACCCCCAGAGGCAGGACGCCCGGCCCCCCAACAUGCCCUUCAUCUACUGCACCUUUAACAAGCCCCACUACUACCAGCUCUUCUGCUACAUCUACCAGGCCCGGAACCUGGUGUCCAAUCAGAUCCUGACAUUCCAAGGGCCCUUCAUUCGGGUGGUCUUCCUGAACCACAGCCAGUGCACCCAAACCCUGAGGAGCUCUGCAGGCCCCACAUGGGCCCAGACACUCAUCUUCCAGCACCUCCUUCUGUACGAGAACCCGCAGGACACCAAAGAGAGCCCACCGCUCGUGGUGCUAGAGCUGUGGCAGCGCGACUCCUGGGGCAAGGAGAGCUUGUGGGGACGAAGCAUGUGGCCCCCAGUGGUCUGGCUGGAUCUCCAGGACCGGAUCCUGCCCCCCAUGAGGUGGCACCCCCUUAUGAAGGAGCUGGGGAAGGAAGAGGGCGAGAUCUUGGCAUCCUGUGAGCUGAUCCUCCAGACUGAGAAGCUUGGUGAGAAGCAGCUGCCUAUCUUAAGCGUUCCCUGGAAGAAUGGGGCGUACACACUCCCCAAGAGCAUCCAGCCCACGAUAAAGAGGAUGGCCAUUGAGAUCCUGGCCUGGGGCCUUCGGAACAUGAAGAAGGCGAGCUCCCCCCAGCUCCUGGUGGAAUUCGGGGAAGAGUCCCUGAGGACAGAACCCAUCAGAGACUUUCAGACGAACCCCAACUUCCCCGAGUCCGAGUCUGUCCUAGUCCUCAUAGUGCUCAUGCCCACAGAGGAGGCCUACGCACUGCCCCUCGUGGUGAAGGUGGUGGACAACUGGGCCUUCGGCCAACAGACCGUGAUGGGCCAGGCCAACAUCGACUUCCUCCAGCCCUACUUCUGUGACCCCUGGGCUCAGGACUACGUGCACCCAAAGCUUCCAAGGCUGUCUAGGAAGAAGCACCAGGACUUCCUAGGCUACCUCUCCAGAAAGUUCUGGUUCAAGUCCAGUAAAGCAGAGGAUGAGUAUGAGCAUGAGGUGGACUGGUGGAGCAAGCUGUUCUGGGCCACAGAUGAGCACAAGUCCCUGAAGUACAAGUACAAAGACUAUCACACCCUCAAGGUGUACGACUGUGAGCUGGAGGCCGUGCCAGCCUUCCAGGGCCUGCAGGACUUCUGCCAGACCUUCAAGCUCUACCAGGAGCAGCCCAAGUUGGACAGCCCCGUGGUAGGGGAGUUCAAGGGCCUCUUCCGUGUCUACCCCUUUCCUGAGAAUCCAGACGCCCCGAAGCCCCCGCUCCAGUUCUUGGCUUGGCCAGAGAGAGAGGACUUCCCCCAGCCAUGCCUCGUGCGGGUGUACGUGGUACGAGCCAUCAACCUGCAGCCCCAGGACUACAACGGCCUGUGUGACCCUUACGUGAUCCUGAAACUGGGCAAGACAGAGCUUGGCAGCCGGGACAUGUACCAGCCCAACACUCUGGAUCCCAUCUUCGGCACGAUGUUUGAACUCACCUGCAACAUCCCCCUGGAGAAGGACCUAGAGAUCCAGCUCUAUGACUUCGACCUAUUUUCACCUGAUGAUAAGAUAGGAACCACAGUCAUCGACCUUGAAAACCGACUCCUGUCUGGCUUUGGAGCUCACUGUGGGCUCGCCAAAUCCUACUGCCAGUCAGGACCCUUUAGAUGGCGGGAUCAGAUGCCGCCAAGCUACCUCCUAGAACGCCAUGCCAAGCGCAAAGGGCUGCCUCCGCCUCUGUUCAGUCCUGAGGAAGAUGCUGUUUUCUAUAACGGGAAAAAAUUCAAGCUGCAAAGCUUUGAACCCAAAACCCCUACUGUUCAUGGUUUGGGGCCCAAGAAGGAACGCCUUGCACUCCACCUCCUGCACACCCAGGGGCUGGUGCCUGAGCACGUGGAGACCCGCACACUGUACAGUGACAGCCAGCCAGGCAUCGACCAGGGAAAGGUGCAAAUGUGGGUGGACAUCUUCCCCAAGAAGCUGGGACCUCCUGGCCCCCCAGUCAACAUCAACCCCAGAAAGCCUAAACGGUAUGAGCUGCGCUGCGUCAUCUGGAAAACCGCCAAUGUGGACCUGGUGGAUGACAAUUUAAGUAGAGAGAAGACGAGCGACAUCUACAUCAAAGGGUGGCUGUAUGGGCUGGAGAAGGACAUGCAGAAGACAGAUAUCCACUACCACUCGCUGACUGGGGAGGCGAACUUCAACUGGCGGUUCAUCUUUACCAUGGACUACCUGGCGGCGGAGUGCGUGUGUGUCCAGAGUCAGAAGGAUUACAUAUGGAGCCUGGAUGCCACGUCCAUGAAGUUCCCAGCCCGACUUAUCAUCCAGGUCUGGGACAAUGACAUCUUCUCCCCCGACGACUUCCUAGGGGUCCUGGAGUUGGAUUUGUCUGACAUGCCUCUCCCGGCUCGGCACGCCCAGCAGUGCUCCAUCAGGAUGAUGGACGCUGACCCCAAGUGGCCCUAUUUCCUCCAAUACAAGCACUUCUCCCUCUUUAAGAAGAAGACUGUGACUGGCUGGUGGCCUUGCCAGGUCCUCGAUGGUGGCAAAUGGCGCUUGUCGGGCAAGGUGAAGAUGAGCCUGGAGAUUCUGUCAGAGAAGGAAGCCUUAAUCAAGCCAGCCGGGCGAGGCCAGUCAGAACCCAACCAGUACCCUACACUUCACCCUCCCCUACGCCCCUACACCUCUUUCAUGUGGUUGCGGUCACCAGCUCAACACUUCUGUUCUGUUUUCUGGAAACGCUAUCGCUUCAAACUCAUAGCCUUUAUGGUCGUAUCGAUUCUAGCACUUUUGCUGUUCAACUUUAUCUAUUCAGCUCCGCACUAUUUGGCCAUGAGCUGGAUCAAACCUCAACUUCAGCUAUAUCCUCCCAUUAAAAUAUUCAAUAUCAUCACUUCACUAAACACCAGCAAUGCCAGCUCUUCCAUCCUUCCCACCCAGGAUCCAAACCUAAAGCCUACAAUAGACCAUGAGUGGAAACUCCAUCCAGGACCUACCAAUCAUCUGAGUAACAUUUUCCCAGAACUUCCAGCCCCAGAAGACUAAUUAGCCCACGCUGCCCGGCUUUCCUCCUCUACCAACAGCCCUCCCCUUGGGCCGCCUACCAGUUCUUUGUUUCUGUCUUCUAGGAUAGAUGCAAGGUGCUAGGAAUAUUCUGGCUAUUGUGUUCAGAAAUCACUUCCAACAAGAAGAGCAGAGCUAUAAUUUUCCACUGAAAUAAACAAGUUCUGUAACAGA